AGUGCUGUCACAACUUCGAACCGUUGCUACACCAACGGUCGUAAGUCGAGAACGGCCUGUCUCCCAGAAGGAGAAAGCCGGGAAAGAGAACACAGGAAAUGAUAUUCAAAAAGCAGAAUUUCCUUUUUCUAACAUUGGAAUUCGCACAUCCCGGUCUCUUUUUUUUUAAUAUACAUAUAUACUGUAUAUAUUUUAAAAUGCAUUUCUUGGUAACUUGGGCACUUCUCAGAAAAUAGCAAGCAUAAAUCCUCCUUUCGCCCGUCAGGGAUGCCUCGGGAGGUGUGUAAACGGCGCUGGAUUUGCAAACUUUGCAAGAUUUUACUCAAAGCCUCCGGCGCUGCAAACUGCUCUUGUGUGUGUCACCGUUUUUUCCGAGGCAGCAGGGAGGAAGUUGCAAGGGGGGGGUUGGGGUGCAAAGAAGACGCCCUUCAUCGGGGAAAGACCUGCAGGGAGAGGCGGGGUAGAACAAAAGGCCAGCGGUAGUGCUUCCCCAGGGACGUGUUUUCGAAUCCAGCUGGGGAGAUCUUGGGAAAAAACUUCAGGGAGGGAAGACCGAAGCGGGGAAGGACCACCAUGGCUGGCAUAAAAACAGCGAGCGGAGAGUAUAUUGAUGACUCCUGGGAACUCAGGGUCUUCGUGGAGGACCUGGGACCUGAGGCGGAGCCCAUCACGCUCCGAGUCUCCGGGAGCCUGCAUAUAGGAGGCAUCAUGUUACAGAUUGCAGACAAAUUGAAACUCCAGAAGGACUGGUCGGAUCACGCCUUGUGGUGGGAGCAGAAGAAAAUUUGGCUCUUGAAGACAAACUGGAGCCUGGAUAAAUACGGGAUCCUGGCCGACGCCAAACUGCACUUUACUCCCCAGCAUAAACCGGUGCUGCUUUUCCUGCCCAACCGUUGUAGCGUCCGAGUCAGAGCCAAUUUCGCCCAGCCUGUCUUCCGCACCGUGUGCGAUCUUUGCAGGCUACUCGCCAUCCGUCACCCGGAAGAGCUGUCUUUGCUGCGGGCGCCCGAAGAGAAGGACAAACGGAAACAGAAGGAGAAAGAGGAGACCACAGCUCGGAGUUAUGACCUCACCAGCGUCCGGCUGCCAGCAAGUGCAGAGCAACAGACUUUCCGUGGGAUGCCUGCUCACUUCUCAGACAGCGCCGAAACUGAGGCUUGCUAUCGGAUGCUGUCUGUCAGCCAGACUAGCCUGACCCCCGAGCAGAUUGUCCGAAUGCACCGGCCGGGAUCCCUUGUGGAAAAGACCAAGAUCAACAGCAGAUGGCUGGAUUCGUCCCGCACUUUGCUACAACAAGAAGUAAAAGAACAGGAGUGUUUAUGGCUGCGCUUUAAGUAUUACAGCUUUUUCGAUCUGGAGCCAAAGUACGACGUUGUCCGGAUCAACCAGAUGUACGAACAAGCCCGCUGGUCGGUGCUGCUGGAAGAGACCGAUUGCACAGAGGAAGAGAUGAUCGUCUUCGCUGCCUUACAAUAUCACAUCAACCAGCUGUCCUUGAACGCCACCCCUGUGGAGCAGUCCAGCGAAUCCGGCCUGGAUGAUUUAGACAAAGCUUUGGCUAACUUGGAGGUCAAACUGGAAGGGUCAGCCCCAACUCCAAAUGUUUUGGACAGUCUGACAGCCAUCCCAGAGCUGAAGGAUCACCUCCGAAUCUUCAGGCCCCGCAAGCUGACUCUGAAAGGUUAUAAGCAGUAUUGGGUGACUUUCAAAGAAACGACCAUCUCGUAUUACAAGAGCCCAGAAGAGGCGUUGGGAGAACCUGUCCAACAGCUCAACCUGAAAGGUGAUGUGUGCCAGAUGUCAAUAAUCUCUGGCCAGAAAUUCUGCAUCAAGUUACUGGUCCCUUCUCCUGAUGGAAUGAGCGAAAUACACCUGAGAUGUUCGGAUGAGCAGCAAUACGCCAGUUGGAUGGCGGGCUGCCGUUUGGCAGCGAAAGGGAAGACCAUGGCGGACGCGUCCUACCAAGCCGAGAAGGAGAACAUUCUCUCCUUCCUGAAGUUGCAGAAGACCAAUCCGGAAAUGUCCCUCACGGCAGAGACGGAAGGGACGCAAUGGCUGGUGUCUCCUCGCUACCAGAAGAAGUUCAAACCUAAGCAGUUAACUCCCCGCAUCCUCGAGGCCUAUCAGAAUGUCUCUCAGCACUCCCUGACGGAAGCCAAGAUGAAAUUCAUCCAAACCUGGCAGUCCCUCCCUGACUUCGGCAUCUCGUACUUCGUGGUCAGGUUCAAAGGCAGCAGGAAAGACGAAAUCUUGGGGAUCGCCAACAACCGCCUGAUCCGGAUUGACCUCGCCGUCGGGGACGUGGUGAAGACGUGGCGGUACAGCAACAUGCGUCAGUGGAACGUCAAUUGGGACAUUCGCCAGGUGGCCAUCGAAUUCGACGAGCACAUCAACGUGGCUUUCAGCUGCAUCUCCGCCGGCUGCAAGACGGUCCACGAAUACAUCGGGGGUUACAUUUUCCUGUCCACUCGGACAGCUGACCGAAGCCAGACGCUGAACGAAGAGCUCUUCCACAAGUUGACGGGGGGCCAUGAAGCCCUCUGAUGUUUCUCCUACCAAGUGUUCUGACUAGGCUUCCCCCAAGAGCACGAAGCAGACUCCUUGUCCCGACAAAAAAACCCACCCCUUUUUAUUAAGUGACUGUGAAUUCCUCUCAUUCACAUCCAGCAAAGUCUUUCAAGGGAGAAUUUAUGUUCACAGAUCUCAUCUGGCUUGGAGAGCUGCCAGGCCCGAUAUCUUCAAAACUUGGCAAGGAGUCUCGGAGAGUCAUGAACCAAUUAAGCGGACUAAUUGCCUCCUGCAAACUCCACUCCCCUUUCGCUCCUCUUUUAUUCCCUAUUCACCGUCCACUUGUGGCUUUACUCCUGAGUCGACCCUUGUUCCUUAGCUGUUCCCUUCUCCUGGCAGCUCACACUGGGAACAGGCUCCAGCUGUUCCUCUGCCCCACUGAUGUCCGACUCCGAAGGCAGCUGACAACUAUCAGACGGCCCUGGCCCCCUCUCUGCCUUGGACGCAGAGCCUUCCCCAGACUUCAGGACUGGCCCACGUUCCUCCCCAACCUCCUCACUGUCUGAGUUUGCCACCAGCUCCGCUGGCCGCUGGCGGGCCACAACACCAAGGCCUUCCUUCCUCCAAGGAGCAGCUGACUUCCUGAAUGUGCUGUCUACAUUCUACGGGGGACGUGAAGGCCCUUAUUGGAGUCCAGGCAUCCAUAAAGACUUGGAGAGCAAUUAUGAAAAUGAUGGAGUGAGAACUUUCCCCAGAGAAGAAAAACGUUUCCCAAAGGACUCGAAAGUUACAUUAACGAUGGCUGUGUGUUGUUGUUAUUUUUUUUUUUCUUUCUUUCAGUAUUUUCAGAGCGAACUCGCAACCAGGACUAAACAGCAGAGUUAAAGAGAAUUUUUACUAUGUCAAAUAUUCAAAUAUCUUGCCAAGAAUAUUGACAAUAUUUUACUCUUUCCUCCUCCGAGAAACUCAGGAAUUUACCCAACGCAAAUUGGGAUUCAGGUACUUUUUGUUAUUUUUGUACGGUGUGCGGCGGGGGUGGAAAUAAGUGAAUUGUGUUGAGUGCUUUUGUGUUAUCAUCUUCGAGGUGGUUAUAAAGAGGAUUUUUCACGAAAACGCUUCCUUCCCCAUGUGAUUAUUCUUUCUCCGAAUGGCCUAGAAUUGGGAGGAGGCUGUUUUAUGUCCCCUGUUCCCCCACAGCUACAGGUAGUCCUCGACGUACGACCACAAUUGGGACCAGAAUUUCCGUCCUAAGUCGUUGCAGUUGGAAGCCACGCCAGAGCCAAUUUUAGGACUGUUUUUAUGGCGGUCGUUAAGCGAACGCACCAUCAUAAGUACGGACCGAUUCUUCCUUUUUUUUUUGUUGCUGAAAACUUGUUAUAAAAGAUCGCAUAUUGUGAUCACGUGAUUAUAAGACACCGCAACUGUUUGCAAAUGCAAGCUGGUUGCCAAAGCGCCUAAUUGAGAUGGUGUG